AUGGGCGUUUCCAAGUCGGACGCUAUUCUCAUUGUGGGAGGUGGUGCUUUUGGUCUAUCUACGGCCUACCAUCUCGCGCAGAAAGGAUACACAAAUGUUUGUGUAUUCGAGAGAGAUGAUCAUAUCCCUCCGCGCUACUCGGCGGCCAAUGAUCUGAAUAAGAUUGUUCGCGCUGAAUACGAGGAUCCGUUCUAUACCGACUUGACGAUUAAAGCAAUUGCCGCAUGGAAGACUCCCCUGUUCGCCCCUCAUUUCCACCAGACCGGCUUCCUCCACUGUGUAUCUGGAGAUGCACCUCAAAAAGCGAUCGAUACACUGGACAGAUUCCGCGCUUCAGCUGAGCGCAAUGCACUGAUCAAACCCCAUGUCUCGCCUCUAGACGGUGAAGAAGACAUUCGUCAGACCUGCUGGCAGCUGGACGGGCCGCUUCCAGGUUGGAAGGGGUACUUCAAUCGCUUCGAUGGAUAUGCCCAUUCCGGUAACGCCCUGGCUGGGAUCUACCGCGCCGCGCAGGCUGCCGGAGUACGAUUCUUCCUCGGCGAGCAAGGCACCGUGGACGAGAUUGUCUACGUCAGCACCGUGAGUGGACGCAAGUGCGCCGGUAUCCGAACAAAGAAUGGCCGAUUCCACUCGUCGGCUCUCGUCAUUGUUGCUGCUGGCGCGAACGCGGGUCGUGUGGUUCCUCAGAUUGGACAGCAGGUUGUUGCGAAGUCAUGGUCCGUUGCUCAUGUCCAACUGACCGACGAUGAGACCUCGGGUCUCCGUGGAAUCCCAGUGACUUACGCCCGCGAUUUGGGAUUCUUCUUCGAACCAGACCCCAAGACCAACUUGUUGAAGUUGUGCCCGAUGGGUGGUGGAUAUAUCAAUACCGAUCCCAAGACGGGUGUGUCACAUUCCCCAAAGUCGCUGAGCGAAAGUGCCUUCGUCCCGGAGGAGGACGAGAAGCAGAUGAGGAAACUUCUGGCUCACACCCUUCCAUAUCUGGCCGACCGACCUCUCGUCAAGAAAUCGCUUUGCUGGUUCGCCGACACGAACGACUCCGAUUUCAUCAUUGAUUACGUGCCGAACCUGGAAUCCUCUCUAAUGCUUUUGUCGGGUGAUUCGGGCCACCUGUUCAAGAUGUUCCCCAUCGCGGGUUCCUGGGUGACGGAUCUUCUGGAAGCACCCGACAAUAAGCAGGCCCUGGCACGCUGGCGGUGGAAGCAACCUGAUCCCAAGGUUGGAAAGGAUUGGGGAGGUGAUGUAAGCUGGCGUCUUGGAGAAUCCAAGGAGUUAUCUGCAAUCAUGCCUCCUAAGGCCUCGAAGUUGUAA